UUCAACAAAUUCGCUCCAGCCCGUGAUGCAAGUUUCAUCAAAUUCUGGUGCAGUGACAAAAAACCAAAAGAAGUGUCCUGCGUGCAAUCGAAAUGUCUGCAAAAAAUUGGCUUUUUGUGAAAAGUUCAAGAAGAUGACUCGACAAGAAAGGUGGAGACUGAUAAAAAGCAACAAUAUUUGCGGUUGUUGCUUAGGCAAUCAUCGAUACUUUAAUUGCAAUCAAAAAGUUACGUGUGGUGUUGCUGGCUGUGAUUUUUUUCAUCACGUUUUACUGCACAAUGAUUCCAAAGCAAAGGAGAAGGUGGAAUUAGCGGCUGCUACAAGUGAAGUGGUUCAAAAGAAAGUCUGCAAUUCGAUGAAUGGAAUUGCUUCAACUUUGACUUAUCCAGAAAUAUUUCGGAUUGUUCCGGUUAAGUUAUAUUUCAACGACAAGUGGAUACGCAUUUACGCAUAUUUUGAUGAUGGAUCCAAUUUAACAACUUUGGAAUUUCCUAUUGCUCAGAAACUUGGUCUGCAAGGCACCCGAGAAAGUUUAUGUGUAAAAUGGUCAUUUGGUGAAACGCAAUUGGAAACAGAUUCUAGUCGAAUUUCGUUACAAAUCAGUGGUGUACAUGACGGCGCUGAAAAGUUUCUACUCGACGAUGUGCGCACUGUCAAGAAUCUAAAGUUGCCAACACAAUCAAUACCCAAAGAUUGGCUUGCAAAAUAUCCAUAUUUCGAUGGCAUUCCGAUCACUCCAUACAAUAAUGCGACUCCGCAAAUGAUCAUAGGUCUGCGAUAUUCAAAAUUGAUGGUGUCAUUGAAGACAAUCGAGGGCACCUGGGAACAACCGAUUGCUUGUAAAACACGGCUUGGAUGGGUCGUUCAAGGACCGAAUGAUAGAAGAAUUUUAAAUUCAAACAAAUUCAGCCUGAAUAUGUGCGAUUGCCAGCGAUCGUAUCACGGUCUUCAUCAGUUGGUAAAGGAUUUUUUUUCAUUGGAGGCAUUUGGUGUGCAAGUCACAGAUUCCGUCGUUGAAUCAAAAACAAUUAUGAGAGCCCGAAGCAUUAUGGAUGCAUCAACUGUGAAGAUCGAUCAGCACUACGAGACAGCUUUAUUGUGGAAGGCAAACGAUAUCACAUUGCCAAAGAGUUACGAAAUGGCUCUUCGUCGAUUGGAGUGUGUCGAAUCGAAGAUGAAGAAAAAUCCAAUUUUGUCGGACCGUAUAAUCAACUACUUCAAAGAUUUUCUCGAUAAAGGAUAUAUCCGGAAGCUAUCGUUCGAAGAGCAACAGUUGCAAGGCCCACGCACUUGGUAUUUGCCAGUUUUUCCUGUCUUUAAUCCCAAGAAACCCGAAAAGUUACGUUUGGUAUGGGACGGUGCUGCAAAAGUCAAUGGGGUGUCGCUAAAUUCGCAAUUGUUACCUGGACCUGAUCAAUUGGUUCCCCUUCCGGACAUUCUGCGUCGUUUUCGUGAAGCAAGGAUUGGUCUAAGUACGGACAUUAUUGAAAUGUUUCAUCGCGUCUUUGUGAAUUCAAAGGAUCAAGACGCACAGCGAUUUUUGUGGAGAGAUGGCGACGUAUCGAAGAAACCCGAUGUGUUUGUUGUGAAAGUUUUACCGUUUGGUUUAACAUGCUCGCCGGCUAUUGCGCAAUACGUGAAGAACAAAAAUGCUGAGUCGUUUCAACAACGAUAUCCAAAGGCUGUCGAGGCUAUAGUGAAAAAUCAUUACGUGGACGACAUGAUUGAACGAGCUCACGACGUAGAUUCUGCGGUUCAGCUGAUCAAAGACGUACAAUUUAUUCACCGACAUGCAAAUUUUGAUUUACGCAAUUUGAUAUCAAAUGAUCGUGAAGUAUUGGAGGUGAUUAAUGGAAGUCCUGAAUUCAAUGACAAAAUUUUGGUUGACAAGCUGGACAUCAAUGUUGAAAGAAUUUUGGGAAUGUAUUGGAAUACGAAUACAGACACAUUCACGUAUUCACUUCGGUUCCUGAAAGUGCAAGACUUGACAGAUGGAUAUCGUCCAACGAAACGAGAUGUGCUUCGAACUUUAAUGUCAGUUUUUGAUCCGUUGGGUUUUCUGACACAUUUGCUGAUACAUGCCAAAGUGAUUUUGCAAGAGAUUUGGAUUACAAACAUCACAUGGGACGAACAGAUUCCUGAAGCAUUAGCAAUAAAGUGGUUACGUUGGCUCGAAUAUUUGAAGCAAGUGGAAUCUCUACACAUUUCUCGUUUGUACUCACCACGUAUGUCACCUAACAAACCGACUUCGAUUCAAUUACAUGUUUUUGUUGACGCAAGCCUGGAGGCAUAUGCAUCAGUUGCAUAUUUUCGAGUUGAAGAUGCCAAUGGAGUUGACAGUUGCCUGAUUGGUGCAAAGUCACGAGUCGCUCCGAUUAAGCCAAUUUCUGUUCCGCGUUUGGAAUUACAAGGUGGAAUUCUUGGUAAACGAUUUGCCGAGAGCAUUUUACACAGCCAUUCGGAUUUGGAGGUUGAACAGACAACGAUAUGGUGCGAUUCGAAAACUGUUUUAUAUUGGUUGUCAACGGAACCACGACGUUAUUCGCAGUUUGUUGCAUUCCGUAUUGGAGAGAUUUUGGAGACGAAAAUUAAUGCUCAAUGGCGCUGGAUUCCUUCCGAAUUUAAUGUUGCUGACGAUGCGACUAAAACUAAGGAUUUGCCAGAGUUACGUUCCACAUCUCGCUGGUUUCGUGGUCCCGAAUUUUUGCGACAUUCGAAUUCCAAUUUUUCGUUUGAAUUGGACGAACCUGAUUUCACGACAAAUGAAGAAGUUCGGCCGUAUUAUUUGUUGACACAUGUGGAAGUUCCAGUAAACAAGUUCAUUGAAUACGAACGAUUUUCUAAUUGGCAACGGUUGGUCCGGACUAUGGCAUAUGUUUUGCGGUUUGUUUCAAAUGUCAAGACGAAACAAUCAGAACGCCGUCUUGGUGUACUGUCAAGUGAUGAAUUGCUGUCAGCAGAAUGUCGUUUGUUUGCUCAAGUUCAAUACGACUGUUUUCGAGAGGAAAUCUCUAUAAUUCGUUGGAAUCAAACCGUCUCCAUGGAUAAAUACAAACAGCUUGACAAAACGAGUCCAAUUCGUAUGUGCUCACCGUAUUUGGACGAUUCUGGUGUUCUUCGUGUCAUGGGUCGGCUAGACAAAGCGCAUACGAUUUCUGAAUCGGUUCGGCGACCGAUAAUUUUGAUUAAAGAUCAUUAUGUAACGCAUUUGGUUGUCGAUUGGUAUCACCGCAAGUAUCUUCAUUUGCAUCAUCAGACGGUGCUUAACGAAAUAAGGCAAAAAUUUUGGAUUCCAAAGUUACGAGUUCUUUUGAAAGUUAUACGGAACAAUUGCCAAAAGUGCAAGAAUGAUGCAUCAGUUCCUCGUGUUCCGGAAAUGGGAUCAAUUCCACGCGAACGAUUUGCAGUUUUCACUCGACCAUUCACAUAUGUCGGAAUCGAUUAUUUUGGACCGAUAAAAGUUGUUGUUAAUCGCAGUAACCCGAAACGUUGGGGUGCUCUUUUUACCUGCUUGACGACUCGUGCUAUUCAUCUGGAAGUUGCUCAUUCUAUGGACACAAGUUCCUGCAUUAUGUGCAUUCGCAACUUUAUUGGACGUAGGGGUACGCCCAAGAAGAUUCAUGUCGACAAUGGUAGCAAUUUUCAUGGUGCCAAUAACACUCUACGGGACGAGAUAGAUAAGUUGGAUCGGACAAAGAUACAAGAAGAUUUUGCUACGGAUCACAUUGAAUGGUCUUUCAAUCCUCCCACCGCAGCACAUAUGGGUGGCAUUUGGGAACGAAUGGUCGGCAUUGUCAAGACGUGUUUGGAUGAAGUUCUUACUGUUCGUUAUCCUACUGACGAAAUGCUGUUAAGCUUGUUCAUCGAAAUCGAAAAUAUGGUCAAUUCGCGUCCUUUGACUUACGUUUCAUUGGAUUCACCGCACGAUGAAGUUUUGACGCCCAAUCAUUUUCUACUUGGGUCGUCCAAUGGCAGUAAACCGCCGGGGCAAUUUGUUGAUGCUGAUUUGUUGCGUAAUAAUUGGAAAGCUGUUCAAGCCAUGACCGACAAAUUUUGGAGGAAGUUCGUCGACGAAUAUAUUCCUACGUUGGUUACACGGACAAAAUGGUUGAACAAGGUCACACCUUUGCAAGUUGGUGAUUUCGUUUUGCUUGCUGAUCCUAAUUUUCAACGCAAUACUUGGCUCAAGGGAAUUGUUAUUGAAACGUUCAACGAUUCGGGUCAAGUUCGAAGUGCUCGAGUUCGCACUGCUACUGGUGCGAUAUUUCGACGACCAGUCUCUCAUUUGGUGGUUUUGGAUGUGGCGGAACCGCGACAAGUUAAGAUGAAUUCUCCGAAUCAUUUAACGGGGUCCAGAAUGUCCGAAACGUUCGACAACGCUGAUACUGAUGACAUCACUGAGCCUACUGGUUGUCAUCUUGACAAUUGUGCGGAAGUAUAAUAUUACGAAAGUUGCUCUUGAUAGAUGCGCUUGUGCGCUUUCAAUUAAUCUAAAGUUUGCAAUCCAUUUUUACGUUUUUAUUAAUUCAAAAUUUAUUCUGUGUUAAACAAUCAGUAAGGUGUUUCGUGCGUUGUUUUCAUUAAUUGGCAACGAUUGCCUAUGUAAGUUGCGAUAAUUACGGAUGUUUUUUCUCAAGUAAUUUCAAUCGAGGUUUCUUUUCAUUGUUUAGACAUCAAGUCAGGUGUUCAAGCUCGGUUUUCGAAUUUGGAAUUUGCUAAUUCGUCCAGUACGAAUAAGUAAGAUUUUACUGUUCUUUGAGUUAGUCGUGGAUGUUUACAAUUUCUUUUCUUAAUUCAAAGGAUUCGAAUGAUUGAGUCGCACAGAUGAAACACGUUUUACUGAUUAUUUUGGUUUGGUCUGAAAGUACUAAAAAAUUUGAAGCUAACUAUUUUCCUGUAAAAUAAAACUCUGACAAACAAAUUGAGUUCUUUGCUUUCAAUCGUCGGACCAAUCGCCGUAACACGGACAG